AGCCAGUGCAGGAGGCUCAAGAGGCACCAGUGCAGGAAAGCACUUCAAACUUACAGUUCCUUACCAGGCAACCUCUCUCCUCUCUGCGGCUCUUGCCCCAGCCAUCUUCCCUUCACUCCAGCUUCUGCUUGAACUAGCUUGUUACCAUCUAGCAACUCAGAAACGACAAUUUCACGCGAAGCCGCGCGGUAGCCUCAGAGAGCGCGAGAGCCUCAGACAGCCUUCCCCUCGGCUUCAUCCUAGAAAAUGUCUCAUGUAGCUCUCCGCUGGUAGCAAAACUCCUACACUUAGAACCCUGGGUGCAUCGUUGUCAGACCAAUUCCGUCUAGAUUCAUUCAAGUUGAAUGAGAUUCAAGGGGUCAGGAUCCUGAAGAAUAUAAUAGGAUAGUAGCAGAAUAGAAGAGUCCGCGGGGACAGUCAGCCUCAGGCUGUUUCCCAGAGCGAGGAGCAGCAUAUGGCGCCAGCGUCUGGCUCCAGCGGCUGAAAGGCCACACGGCUGAUGCUGUGAACAUGUCUCCAACUUCAAGGUGGGGAAACAAGGCUUGGGGUUUUUUGAGCGCGUAGUAGCAACAGCCUGAGGCCGUGAUCUUGCAGUGUGCCACUGCACGUCCAGGACUUCCCACGACUAGUAGUACUCAUUUUCGGAGCAGUCUCCAAAAUGAUCCAUCUUUUGGCAGAUGCGUUGGCGGCACCACCAACGUCUGAGAGUCACUCAUUUACUAUCCAAGGGAGUUAACAGCUAUCUGGGAGAUGCAGCAUGACGCGCACACACAGGGACAGACUGGGGGAAACGGGGACCGCAUCGGCCUCGCGGUCGCAGCGGCAAAUACUGCCACGGCCGCAGCAAAGGUCACAGCAGGCGCCACAUCAGCAGAUGCAGCAUCAGAUGCCACAUCAGCAGAUGCUGCAGAUGCAAUACAUGCCACAGUGGCAACAGCAGCUACAGCCGCAGCUACAGAUGCAGCAGCAGGCUCAGCCAGCGCAGCUACCACAAGACCGGAUCCAGCAGCUGACGUCACAGCUACAGCCGCUGCUACAGCCAAACUUGCCACAACUACCACUUCAAGGUGAGCCUGCAGUAGGUGCAAGCCCAUCAGAGCCUAGCAGACGCAUGAAAAAGGCUUGCAACCGGAACUACAACCAGCCAGGGAAGUACCGCGGAGUGAGGAAGCGAGGGGAGUUUAGAUACAUAGCAGAACUUAAGGACACCAAUAGUGGGGUCCGGAAGUGGCUGGGGACAUUUGCAACUGCAGAGGAGGCUGCUCUGGCGUUCGAUCGAGCGGCUGUGGAGAUCCGAGGAGCAAAGGCUAAGCUUAACUUCCCAGAGAAUUUUAAUCCGGGAGUGGGAGGAGUAGGCUCCGAGCCUGCAGCAUUGGAAGCAGCAGAUAGGAAGGGAAUGGCAGGCGGCGGUGCAGGGAAGGAUGGUGGGAGGAAAGGACUUGGAGAGAAGAAGAAAGGGGUUGGACAGGUUGGGGAGGGCGGUACUACUAGGAGUUCUCGAGGGAAAGGGAAGAAGGUGGAGCAUGUUGAAGAUGCUGCGGACGGGAGAUGGAUCGGAGAGGCUGCGGGUAGGACACGGCCUUUCGGAGAGGGGACAAGCGAGCGGGCGGCAGCAGCAGCAGCAGCGGCAGCAGCAGCAGGAACAGGUGCAGGAUCAGGGGCAAUAUGGACAGCAGCAGUAGCUGAGGCUGCGGAAGGGGGAGGAGGACAGGGAGGAGGAGGAGCGGUAGCAGCAGCGGAAGCCACUGCGGGAGCAACAACACGCACCCCUGAAGCGAGCUCCACUGUCAGUCGCAGCAGCUCCAGCAGAGCUACCCCUUCCUCAUCCGACCCUUCCACCUCCGCCCCUUCCACCUCCGCCCCUUCCACCUCCGCCCCUUCCACCUCCGCCCCUUCCACCUCCGCCCCUUCCACCUCCAACCGUUCCCCCGCUGCCCAUUCCCCUGCUCCCCCUUUCCCCUCCGCUCCUUCCACGUCUGCCCCUCCCACAUCCACCCCUUCGCCCACUGCUCCUUCCACCUCUGUCCCUUCCACAUCUGCCUCUUGUGCCUCUGUCUCUGCCCCGCCCUUUACCUCCCCUGCGUUCUCCGCCCCUGCUCCUCACACCAGCAUGCUUUCCCCUUUCAUCGCGCCCGUCUCUUCCGGCCCUGCCGACACGCCAAUAUCCGGUGCUACCACGGAGGGGCAUACAAACCUGCUGUUUAAGUCAUCAGGUGCUGUCAUAAAUGAAAGGGAGUUACUGGGUUUUGAUGAGCCCGGAGCGGGCUUGGGAGGUUUGAAAGCAGCUGGGGUUGGGGUAGCUGCAGGUGAGCUGUGGUCUUCAGUCCUCGCAGAGGAAUUUUCCCAGCAGCUGCGGGGGUUUGAAGAAGCCAAUGGAACUGGAGGGAGUGGAUUUGGUGGGGAGAGAGGGGAGGAGAGUAGCGGAAGCCAAGAGAGUGUGGGUGGAGAUGGUGGUACGGAUCUGGGGAUGGGGGAGGGUGGUAUGGAGCUGGGGAUGGGGGAGGGUGGUAUGGAGCUGGGGAUGGGGGAGGGUGGUAUGGAGCUGGGGAUGGGGACAGGGAUAGACGAGGGAAUGGCUGGCCUUGGCACUGUUUCUCAUGGUAGUUUUGUGGCCGCGGUGAUGGGAUUGGGGGAAACUGAUCGGUACUAUCACACGCCACACCUCUAUCACUCCCAGAAACAGCACCGGCAGAAAAUGGAGUUGCAGGAGCAGUUAGAGGAGCUUCAGCAGCAGCAGCACCAGCAGCAGCAGCAGCAGCAGCAGCAGCAGCAGCAGCAGCAGCAGCAGCAGCAGCAGCAGCAGCAGCAGCAGCAGCAGCAGCAGCAGCAGCAGAGGCAGCAGAGCUCGCAGCAGCUAGACCCACAUCCCAUACGCCCCACCUCUCCCCAUCGCUUGCACUCCUGGCAGGUCACAGCUGCCACGCCUCUCCCCGCAGCCGUACCUCCAUGUAGCAGCCCUCCGAACCAAAGCUUGCCAAACCAGGUACAGUCAGGAAAGGGUGACAGGAUAGGAGUUCCCGUGAACUUGGCUGGCCAUGCAACUGGCAAUUUCACUGUGCCAAGAUCCCGAGACAAGCAGCGUAGCCUGCCACUCAUGCCGCAUAGCCUGUCAACCAUGCCGCAUAGCCUGCCAUCGAUGCCGUGUAGCCUGCCAACCAUGCCACAUAGCCUGCCAUCCAUGCCGCAUAGCCUGCCAACCAUGCCGCAUAGCCUGCCAUCCAUGCCGCUUCAAGCAUCCCCACCCUCUCAAUGGCAGCAGUCAGGUCAAGGGGGUGAACAGGCCCGAGAGGUAGGCAACCUGACAGGCUUGCCUGUAGCAGGGGCGGCAGGGGCAGCAGGGGCAGCAGAGGCAGCAGAAGGGCUUAAAGCCAUGGAGCAGACUCCAAGUCUAGGCAUCCAUCAAGCAGUGGCAGGAGAACAGGCAUUGCUGGGACAGCAGGCAUCGGCAGGGCCAGUCCAGAGACACACACAGCGUGGACACACGGAAGCAGUGCCAAGCCAGGCACGUGCGGGUUUAUGGACCGUUGGGGUGACGGGGAGAGUGCUCAUAAGCAGGGCGGGUGGUAGUUCCCAUGCACCCAUGCAACGCGCAGAGGAGGCGGCAGUGGUAGUACCCACGGAGGGAUCAUCUUGGCAUGCUGGCAUGCGCCAUGCUUCUGCCAUGAUGCUGGCUCUUGGGGCACAUCCUGAGAAGCACGAUGAUGGCAUCCAGUAUGCGUUUACCAUGUCAAGCAGCUCUUCCGUAGUUGUGACUCCGCAUCCGAUUCAGAGCUACCAGAAUAACCAGCAGCCACAGCCGCAGCUGCAGCCGCAGCUGCAGCCUCAGCGACAGUCACAGCCACAGCAGCAACAGCAGCAGCAGCAGCAGCAGCAGCAGCAGCAGCAGCGGCGGCGGCAUGCGAGAACCUUCUCGCGACGCAGCUCUGUUGGGCGCAGGUGUGAAAGGAAUAUCAAGGCUGUAGCACGAUGCUCGUCUGCAGGCCUCACGAACUAUCAGCAGCAGGAGCGGAGGGGGCAGCAGCUGAGGAGCCACAAUUUAUUGUUGGAGCAAAACAGCACCGUUUCCGAGCUUUCCAAUCAGCCGUGGGCCGAGACUCAAUCCGACCCUCGUUCCCGGCCUCAUGCCGAGCCCGUGCCUCUGUGGCCUCGGAGCCACAGUGUAUCUUUCCCCUUGGAGUCACCUGUCCUUAGAGCUCCAACCCCUGAGUCCCUGCCUUCUAAGGGCGAUACAGGUGCUGCAGGUGGUGCGAGUGCUGUGGGUAAAGCUGGUGUUCCUGGUGGCACGGGUGCUGUGGGUGGUGUUGCUAUGGAUGGUGUAGCGGCUGCUGCAGGUGUAGCUGCUGCAGGUGCUGGUGCGGGUAGUGGAGAUGGUGGGGAUCACAGCAUGGUGGUUGAAGGGAUUGGCGGUACUGCCGGUGCUGCUGGUGUUGUGGGUAUUGCGUUCUGCCCAGCCCGUUCUCCCAAAACGGAUCCGAGCCUCGCUCUUCGCAGGGUGAGGCGAACGCGGUCUCGGGACCAGGGGCCAUUGGGAGCGGGGCAGCUGGACAGGACAAUGCUGCACGCAUCAGCAUUCCAGCCUAGAGUGCCUGCUAGCAGGUACGGUCAGGGGCUCAUGAGGCUCUCGGAGGGGCAGGCGUGGGGCCCUGCUAGCAAGUACGGCCAGGGGCUGAUGGAGCAGCUGCUGCAGCAGAGAAUGUUGGAGGGGCAGCAGAGGCCGUGGGUGGAGGAGAUGCUAAUGGUGCAGCAGCAGCAGUUGGUGGAGGAACAGUCCCAGCAGCAGCAGCAGCAGCAGCAGCGGCCAGUGCAGCAACAGCAGUUGGUGCAAAAUCAGGAGCACCAGCAGGAGCAGCAAGAGGAGAAGCAGCAAGAGCAGCAGCUGCAAGGGCCACUCAGUCCCUUCCAGCGCCCUCUCGUCUCUCGCAGCCACUCUGUUCCCACAGUGACCUCUCUUCACUUGACCUCUGCACUCUUGACCUCUGAUGCCCCCCACUCACACCCUUUCCUUCCCACUCCCGCCUCACCACCUAUCUUUUUCAACAAUACUGCCAGCUUGCACGUACACAAUGGCACAGAGCAGGGCAGUGCGGCCAGCAGCGACAGAGACGUGUUCAUACAGGAAUUUCCAGCAGAGGGAUUUGAGGCUGCAUACGGUGCUGCUGCUGCUGCUGCUGCUGCUGCAACUGCUCCUGCUGACCAGCCUAGUGCUGACCAGCCUAUUGGAUACCAGCACAUCAUGGCAGACAUCAGCGUUCCUCUGAGCGGUCCUCUGCCUCACCCCUCAGUGGAUGUGGUGCAUCUGGAGGGUCUCCAGCACGUUGCCUCUGCACCCAAGAAUCGCACGUCCCCGCUCUUCCUGGAAGCUGGGCCGCACACUGCAUAUGCUGCUGGGGGUCCCGGCUCCCCGCUUUCCCUGGAGAAUGUGUCACACGCUGCAUUUGCUGCUGGGGGUCCCGGCUCCCUGCUUUCCCUGGAGAAUGUGUCACACGCUGCAUUUGCUGCUGGGGGUCCCGGCUCCCCGCUUUCCCUGGAGAAUGUGUCACACGCUGCAUUUGCUGCUGGGGGUCCCGGCUCCCUGCUUUCCCUGGAGAAUGUGUCACACGCUGCAUUUGCUGCUGGGGGUCCCGGCUCCCCGCUUUCCCUGAAUAAUGUUUCACAUGCUGCAUUUGCUGCCGGGGCUCCCAUGCCCCCAUCCCCACUUUCUCAUGUCGAGAGUGCGGCCCGAUUCAGGUACGAGAAUGAUUCCAGUGUUGCCCCCCUAAUGGAGCAUUCGGGAAUAGCCGGUGUAAGUUUGGGAUUUUGGGGAGAGGCUGCUCAUGUAGGAGGGUCGGCGCAUACAGUACAUCCCCAGCAUGAAGGGGCAAUUGCCGCUGGUGCUGGAAUCUACACCAUUGAUGCACUAGAGAGGUUAUUGAUGGAUAAUGGGGAGUGACGGGAAUAAGAGUAGCUGUGUGAAGCGUUUUUUUUUUUUUUUUUUUUUUUUUUUUGCGUGAUUGGUUUUUUCUGAGUUGCCCAUUUGUUCAUUUCAUGUAUCCCUAAUAAAUUAUCAGUUUCAGC